GUUCUCCAGACAGACAACAUCGCCGCAGCAUCCCCAGCUUGCACCACUCCAUCUUCCGCGUGCAUUACCUACACUAUUUCCUACGUCUGAUUCCUACUUGACUAUAUCCUGUUCCUUGUCUUUGUUCGUCUGCCCACCCGCACGCCAUGUCGACUCUCGAGGAUCUCGAUGACCUUGAGCGGCGCGAAGACAAGGAGGAGAAGCAGCACCCAGGCGAAGGCGACGGCAAGAAGCCCGAAGGAGAUGGCGAUGCCGACAUGAAGGAUGCGGAGGAGAAGAAGGAAGAGGAAGAAGAGCUGCUAGAUGAGGAGAUCCUGCGAUCGAGUACCAGAGAUAUCGUCAAGCGACGACGGAUGCUGGAGAACGAGCUGCGCAUCAUGAAGAGCGAGUUCCAACGCUUGACACACGAACAGAACACGAUGAAGGAGAAGGUGAAGGACAACCAGGAAAAGAUUGAGAACAACAGACAACUACCAUACCUUGUUGGUAAUGUCGUUGAACUGUUAGACCUUGAUGUCGAGGCAGAGGCGGCUGAGGAGGGUGCCAAUAUCGACCUAGACGCCACCCGCGUUGGCAAGUCCGCCGUCAUCAAGACAUCCACGCGUCAGACCAUCUUCCUUCCUCUUAUCGGUCUCGUAGACCACGAGAAGCUUAAGCCUGGUGACCUCAUCGGUCUAAACAAGGACUCAUACCUCGUUCUGGACACGCUGCCAGCCGAAUAUGACAGCCGAGUCAAGGCUAUGGAGGUGGACGAGAAGCCCCAGGAGAAGUACACAGAUGUUGGAGGUUUGGACAAGCAGAUUGAAGAGCUGGUAGAAGCUAUUGUGUGGCCCAUGAAGGAAGCUGAGAGAUUCAAGAAGAUCGGUAUCAAGGCACCAAAGGGUGCUCUGAUGUACGGUCCUCCUGGUACCGGAAAAACACUGCUUGCUCGUGCUUGCGCAGCCCAGACCAACGCCACUUUCCUCAAGCUCGCUGGUCCACAGCUCGUACAGAUGUUCAUCGGUGAUGGUGCCAAGUUGGUGCGGGAUUGCUUCGCCCUCGCCAAGGAGAAGGCUCCCUCCAUCAUCUUCAUCGAUGAGCUCGACGCUGUCGGUACCAAACGUUUCGACUCAGAAAAGUCCGGAGACCGUGAAGUGCAGCGAACCAUGUUGGAACUUCUCAACCAGCUUGAUGGUUUCGCAUCCGAUGACCGGGUGAAGGUGCUAGCAGCUACAAACCGUAUCGAUGUGCUUGACCCCGCUCUUCUUCGUUCUGGUCGUCUGGACCGUAAGAUCGAAUUUCCUCUGCCCAACGAGGAGGCGCGUGCACAGAUCCUGCGUAUCCACUCACGGAAGAUGACUGUCGAUGAUGGUGUCAACUGGGCCGAACUGGCACGCAGCACGGAUGAGUUCGGUGGAGCCAUGCUCAAGGCUGUCUGUGUCGAGGCCGGUAUGAUCGCUCUGCGCAAGGGUCAGAAUAAGGUCGGACACGAAAACUACGUUGACGCCAUUGCGGAGGUACAGGCCAAGAAGAAGGACACGAACAUGGGUAUCUACGUCUGAUAUGCGCACGUCUUAUGUUUCCCGGCUCGUCAUGUACUGUAUCCAUUGGUAGUCAAACUCUGGCUUUCAGCAUCAUGGCUCAUGGGUCAUGUCCCUUCCAUCCCGAUGUUCCGGGGAGUCUUAUAAUUCUAAGAAUGUUUCGGCAGA